UUCUGGCUUUGACGUUUGGUCACAAUACCGGCGCUGGCUUCUUCAUUGACAGCUCUUCGAAUUAUGCAGUUCUGAUAGAGGACUUUGCUUCUAUGACACCACUUCUUGCAGUUUCAAUAGUUCUUGAUUCUUUGCAAGGAGUCUUUUCAGGUGUGGCAAGAGGAUGUGGGUGGCAGCUCUUUGCUGUGUAUGUGAACUUUGAUGCAUUUUAUAUUACUGGCAUGACAAUUUCUGGUCUUCUUGGAUUUGUGUUGAAACGUUAUGCCAAGGGAUUGUGGAUUGGUUUCUACUGUGGUCUCUUCUUUCAAGCAAGCACACUAUUGUUGAUUACACAACUCAAGAAAUGGACAUCUGAUUUCCAUACUGUUAAGGAACUGUUCAAAUGGAACAGUUUUGGGCCUCAAUGGACCUGCUUCGUUCUUCAUCUCUGCGCCUGA